UGGCGUAAUAAAAGCGUCAAAAGCAGCCGCAAUCCGAAUGGCAUUGGCUUGAAGCUGAAUGUCGGCCGACCAAAAUGCCUCCUCAUCAUCAGUUGGUAGAGAGUAUCAACGAACAAUCCAUCCUUAUUCAAUUUGUCAGGCAAAAUUGACUCAAUGUCCCAUCAGUAUAAGACUUGUCGAUUUUGUGUGGUUAAGAGACCGCAACUUGCUCAUCUGUCCGCGAAUGGCGAAUACCAGAGCAACAAUGUUUCGUGAAGUACCACCAGAACGUAAGAUACAUCGGUAGUUGAAGAUAG